UUCGCUUCCGCUGUGGCAGCUCCACCCCCACGAGGGGACGUAUGAUCCGUGCACGCGCAUCGUUGUUAUGAGGUGGCGCGGACAUGUCAAACCACACGUGCCCGCCUUCUUUGUCCCCCCUUCAUGGCCACAACCGGGAACGGGAAGCUGGCCCAACGGUCGCCUUUGUCGUUUCCGAGCGUCCCUUGAAGUGCUCUCGUCUCGGCGUCCAGACGUCUCGUCGCUCGGUCUCUCCCCCGCUACGGGUUUCGUCUUCCCUGCCCACCUGGAAGAUGUUUCAGGUUCGCUUCGGGGUUCUCCUGGCUCGGCCGCUUUGUCGGAUGGUUUUCCCGUUUGUUUAGGUUUUCGGCAACACCGCCCACACCUCUUUUGUCCCAUCUCAAGUGGAGCUCCAUGCCGGACUUCUUUUGUCAUCAUGUCCCCAGCAUCGGCCGCAGCGGCCGGUGAAAGCAGCACCUGCACCGUCGCCCCCGAAGAGGAGCCGGAGCCGGAGCCGGGCAGCCCCAGACUUGAGCUGCGGCCUCGGAAACAGUCCCUGCUGAAGUCCUUGUGUCAGAAGACGCACUGGAAAUGUCUGCUGCUCUCCCUGCUCAUGUACGGCUGCGUGGGAGCCACGACCUGGUGCCAGGUGACCACCGUCACACGCCUCUCCUUCGACAGCGCCUACAAGGGGAAGUCCAUGAUGUACCACGAUAGUCCCUGCUCCAACGGCUACAUUUACAUCCCCCUGGCCUUCCUGGUCAUGCUCUACGUGGUCUACCUCGUGGAGUGCUGGCACUGUUACACCAGGAACGAGAUGCAGUACAAAGUGGACGUGGACAAUGUGGCCGAGCGAGUCGAGAGGAUGAAGCAGGCCACGCCGUGCAUCUGGUGGAAGGCCAUCAGCUACCACUACGUGAGGAGGACGCGGCAGGUGACGCGAUACCGCAACGGAGACGCCUACACCACCACUCAGGUCUACCACGAGAGGGUCAACACGCACGUGGCCGAAGCGGAGUUUGACUAUGCGAACUGCGGGGUGAAGGACAUCUCAAAGCACCUGCGAGGCCUGGAGCGCUUCGCGAUCACCAAGCUGAGGUUCACCAAGUGCUUCAGCUUUGCCAACGUGGAGUCGGAGAACUCGUACUUGACGCAGCGGGCCAGGUUCUUCACAGAGAACGAGGGCCUGGACGACUACAUGGAGGCCCGCGAGGGGAUGCACCUGAAGAAUGUGGACUUUAAGGAACACAUGAUUGCCUUCACCGAUCCGCGACACCUUCCCUGGUACGCGUCGCAUUCCGCUUUCUGGACCGCGGCGGCUUUGACUCUCUCCUGGCCUUUACGGGUGCUGACGGAAUUCCGAACCGCCUGCGUCCACUACCACGUGGAGAAGCUUUUCGGCUUCGACUACGUGCCGCUGACGCCUUCCGAGGAGCGUCCUUAUUGCAGGCACGUCCCGCGGGUCAACACGGUGGACAGCACGGAGCUGGAGUGGCACAUCCGCUCCAACCAGCAACUAGUGCCCAGCUACUCCGAGGCGGUUCUCAUGGACCUGGCCCAGCUCUCGAGCAGUUGCCAGAACUACUCUGUUUGUCAUCGCUACGGCAGCUACAGGCAGAAUUGCCAGCGCUGCCACCGCGCCAUCAGCAGCUCCUCCAUCUUUUCUCGCAGCGCCCUGAGCAUCUGCAACACGGCGAGCCCGCGCCUGCCCUUCAGCGCCAGUCGCUUCUCGCUGGGGCGUCUGUACGGCUCCAGGCGCAGCUGCCUGUGGAGGAGCAGCGGGAGUCUGAACGAGCCCCCGAGCCGACCCACGGAAAGCACGCGCUGCCUGUCGGGCCAGCAGAGCGGCGAGGAGAGCCCUCCGGCAUACCAGGAUGCUCUCUACUUUCCCGUGCUUAUCGUGCACAACAACGAAGGCUGCCUCAAUCACAACCAUCGCUCCCUGCACAGAAACGGCUCUUGCGUGGAGACCUCAUUAUGACCCUCGGACAACAGAAUUUUUUUUGUGUAGCACACAACCCUGGUUGCGAAUCACUUAAUAGGCAUGUUUCAACUUAUCUUGUCACGCACAUGUUAAAACAAAGUUGACAUGAAAACGUAUGAAUUAAUUCUGUAACGUCCUUCGUCGGCGUUCCGCUGCAUCACAGCGAACUGAGAUUUCGGAGAAAAAUCGGAAACAAAUGUAACGCCAGAACGACAUCAAAACGGUUUCCUCAUGCCUGAUAGCGAAGCUGAAAUAACCCAUUAGCAGAAAUGGCUCGGCUGCGAUGACAUUACACUUCCUGGCUUGGUAAAUAUAGCAACACGGAUUAUUAAUAAUUCAGCAGAAGAGCGCCAAAGGACACAAGCACUACACUCAUUUUUUUCAAGGCUUUCACACUCGCUGUAAAUGUUGUAUAAAUGCCAAUUAGACACCAUUAAAAGCUUGUCAUGUCAGAACUCUGUCAAACUAGUUACAUGUUGACUUUUAAUACGUGGCAAUACUGUAUUAUUAUUUUUGAAUUAUUAUUCAGCCUACCUCUUUAAGUGCCUAGCAAUUGAACUAUUACCAACAAAACAUCUUCCCCUCUUUCCUCCAAAUCAAGUUUACACUUGGGUGUGUCUGUGUGCAUGUCCUCUUUUUAUUGUUUCAACUACAAUGAACAUUUUUUUUUCUGCCUUCCUGAUGGUGAAAUGGAGCUGCGGCAAAGCUGGAUGCUGUGGCAGCUGCUGAUGCAUAUCAGAGAGACGGGCAGAGAGCUGGCUCUCAAAGACGCUGAAAAUAGGCUUUGGGGGGGCUGCACUCGCUACUGAUAUUGUCACAUGUAAUAAUACGAGAAGAUGGCUCGAAAGAACUGAGGGCUCCGAUGCCGAUGUCAGGCCGAGGGAAUGUUCAUGAAAAUCGGGAGUGCCGCAACUUUUCAAACGGAUAUGAAGGAAGACAUCGCUCUCAGGGUGAAGAUGAGGUUGAAUGAGAUCGAGC